AUGUCAAACUUCUUCCAGAGCGUCAACAACACCGCCGCCGCCAGCAGUGCCGGCAACACUGCCAGCAACACGCCCAGCGGCAGCAUCAACAGCAACACCGCCGCCAACAAUAACAACAACAACAACAACAAUAGCAGCCCCGGCGGCCACAAUAACAGCAGCAACACUCACAGCGGGAACAAUGGCGGCAGCAGCCUGCAGCGGGCGGUCGACGGCGCGGGCUUCUCGCCUGGCUUCCCCCACGGUCAAGCAGCAAUGCCCGCCCCUCCAUCGGCCAUGGACCAGCCGCCCGCGCAGCCCGACCAGCGCGACUCGAUCAAGUACUUCUUCCAGGAGAAAUACGCCUCGCUUAACGUCAAGGGCAACUUCCUGACCCUCUGUGCCUGUCCGAAGAACGUCGAGCUCGGCGAGUGGCUUGCUCACCAGGUGGUCGAACAGAACCGUCUGCUCCAUGGCAUGCUGCAGGUCAUACAGGAGAUCAACGGUGUUACCGGGUACCCGAUCUGUAACGAGAUGACAUGUCCCACCAUGUCUGCCGGGAAUCUGACAUACACCUGGCUGGUCGACGGCAAGGCAGCGAGGAUAUCGGCGCCCAAGUUCAUCAACCGUGUCGAAAAGUGGAUUGUCAGCAAGAUCCACGACCCUGUCAUGUUCCCUACCGACCCCGUCACCGCAACUCCCAUCACCUUUGGCUACACCGAGCAGGCCAACGGAGAGGCCCCCAGCGGCCAGCCACAGCAGCAGGCCGCCGGCGACCCGUCACAGGACUGGAUCGGCAAGUCGAGCGGCUUCCCGCCGACCUUCUACAAGGACUGCCAGGGCAUCAUGAAGCAGAUGUUCCGCUGCUACGCCCAUCUCUAUCACGGCCACUGGGAGAACCCCUUCUGGCACAUCAAUAAGCACGAGGUGCUCAACAUGUGCUUCGUCCACUUUGUCACCGUCGCCAAGUACUACAAGCUAGUGUCAGACAAGGAGCUCGAGCCCAUGCAGCCCCUGAUCGAUAUCUACACCAAGCAGGAAAAGAUCCCUCCUGAAGCCCUUGCCGGUCACUGGGCUCAGCACUCCUCACAGUCUUGA